AUGAGGAAAUAUAACUACUCCGUCAAAGAGAUAGAAAGAAUGAGAAACGACUAUGCUGACUUAAAGAAAGAAGCAGAGAAGCCGGUAGAAGAUAAAAUGGACAUGUUAGCAUUUCUGAACAAAAACUAUCCAACUGCUGACGAUUUCCUUCUAUCUGACGUCAAGAAGAAAUAUAAAGAGACUUUCGGCAUAGUUAAAACAUUCGAUAUUCUCAGCGAAGAAAUAGAAGCUACAAAACUGUUUAGAGUCUCACGAAUUCAUAACGUUUACCAUGUAAAACGCUUAUAA